CAGGUCAGACAUGAUGAAUUUAUGUCAUUCAAUUUGUUUGGUUUAUGGGGUGUUAAAAUAACGAUAUUUUGCUACUUAUGGGACAACAGUAUAGCUGUGCGGUGAAGGUUUUGCAAGACCAUGCUCUUGUUCUCAAAGAUCUAGCCGUGUUGAACCAUGAAGGACUCUCAAGUAAGCUAGCUAUUCAGAUUCGAAAGCUGACAUAAGUAAUCAUCUUUCUUAACACAAUUUUAUUUCAAUUGUCCUUUUUUAUUCGUUUCGUUCUCUAAAAUUCUUGUUGGUUAUAUUUAAUUUUUUCUUUGUGUAGGUGCAGUAGUGUAUCUCAACAAAACGUGAGUAAUAAUCUUAAGAAAGAUAGUGUGAUUCAACGCCAAAAAUCAUGCUCUAUAUAAGUUCUUUUGAAGACUUACUUUUAGUACAUGCAUGUCAACAUAUAUCCAAAUUAAAAACAAUAAUUAUGUUACUUAAGUAGUAAUCAUUGAUUAGUGAAUGCGUUUGGUCGGUUACUUUUAACUGAUGUCUCUCGACUCUUUCCAGAAAUGACUGUAUUCAAAGGCUAAGAUCUGAAUUACUUUGGUAAAAUCCAACUAGUGGUCUAUCAAUGCUGCGUUCUGAUUGGUUGAGCUAAUACGAGGCUAUAUGUUAUAGCCCACUAGUAGCGAAAAGCGUCGGCUUUUUGGCGGUAAAAAAGGAUUAAAGUCUAGCUUUAACUAGCUAAAGUUGUUUUGUUUCAAUAAUUUUGACUAACUAGUUGGAUUUUACAAAACAAAAAUAGUUAUUGUUAUAGUAAAAUCCAACUAGUUGAUCAAAAAUACAAUACAAUUAUUGUUUUAGUAAAAUCCAUCUAGUUUCCUCUCGCCAUCAUGGUCUCAGUCAAUAGCCAAUUCAGUGUUCAGCCUCAUGGGCUAUUGACUCAGAGCGCAUUUGGGCUCGAGGAACAAUAAUGUUAAAUACAAUUCCUGUGGGUGCCCAUUAUUAUUAUUACUACUAUUAUUAUAAUUACUGUUAUUGUUAUUGUUAUCAUUAUUAUUAUUAUUAUUAUUUACAUUGUAUUAUAAUGAAAUUUAUUAAUUUUGUUGUAGUUGUUGAUUGAGCUCUUAUGAGCUCUCAUGGUUUUCAGAGAGACCAAAAUAGUAUUAGAAAUUUUUGAAUUUGGCUUUCGUAGGAUAUGAAGAAUGCUGCAGAUCGAGGUGGAUAACACCCUCCGAGAUCUGCAGAACUCUCCAUAUCCUACUAAAGCCGAAUUCAAUAAUUGUAUUAUUAUUCUUUCAAAAUAAUUCCAAGUUUAAAAACAAGCUAAAAGAUGCUAACCUUGGUCGAUGUAAGUUCAUAUCGAUAAUGCAUCUUUCUUGGGAAGUUUAGGAGAUAAAGGUCUGUUCAGGUUCGCAAUAAUUAUUAUACUCCAAAUAGCAGAUCCGUCCGUCUUCAUGCUGUUCUUGCCAUGUUUUUAGACAGCAUUUCGCCAUGAAGCGAGUAAAAUGUUUCACCGACUGUUCCGCCAUUUUGUUCUAACUACCAAAACAACUCAACCUCAUCCCUAGGUUUUCACGGUCAAUGGUUCAAUAACCUGCAACCAGGCUGCACUUUUGACAUCAUUUUGACAUCAUUGGUUCAAUAUGACAAAAUUCUUUCCAGAUUUGGUCAACAGUAGCUGGUUAUUGUGAAUUAUGCAUGUGGUUUUAACCAAUCAGAAACGGGGAAAUAUUUUGAAUGAAUAAUAAUAAUAAUUAUUGAACAAACAAUUAAUUACCCUCAAUGUUUCUCUGAGUAUUAAAAGGGGAACAUCAAGGUUCAUGGAAUUGAUCAGACUACUACUUACAAUAUCAUUACAGUUGACUCCCGAUAACUCAAACCCUCACUAACUUGAACCUCGAACUAACUAGAACCAAAACAAUUUCCCCUGGAUUUUCUUCAUACAUUUACUGUACAUAGUUUUACCCUAGUACCUCGAACCCUCAAUAACUCGAUCCUCCUGCUAACGCAAAGUAAUUUUUGUUUUCCCUCAGAUCAUUUCUAUAUAAUUUUACCCUCGAGAUCUUGAACCUUGUUUUUAGCGCUUAAAAGGUUGAGAAAAAACAGUGUACUGGAGUCCAAAACAUUGGAUUUUGAAGUCCCAUUGACAUGUUGUAGACAUAUAGUUUAUUUAGUUUACUAGUGGAGGCUAAUGUUGUUUGUCACAAAUCUAACGUGAAACAGCUUUAUUUUCAAAACAGUAGAACGCAUGCUCUAUUUAGGCUAUGUUUUGUUACGUUACGUUCUGAUUUAUUAUCUAAAAGUAUCUUUCAAUUUUCACUUAACAUUUCUACAAUAACAUGUGAUUAAAAUGUUCACUGUACAGUAAAAACUGUUUUUUACCUUACUUUCGGCUAUUUUCUUCAAGCUCCUGAUAACUUGAACUCCCCAUAACUCGAACUUUUUUGGAUUUCCCUUGAAGGUUCGAGAUAUCGGGAGUCAACUGUAUGCACAUUUUACACCUACUGUUGGGUUAAGCUCAAGUCAUGAACAAUAUUUUUCUUUUGCAUAGACUCAAAACCUUUGCAGAGGAUAGAGGACAUCAGAUUAUGUUCACAAUUAAAGAACCCUCUGAGGAGCAUUAUUAUGGAUACUUGUGGAAAGCCACAACAAGGAUAUUUUGUUACAAGGUGACAAUUUAUUGGUUAAUGUAAUUUUCAAUAAUCAUGGUGAAAAGAAUGUGUAAUAGCAAAGACAGCCAUUCUGGUGAAAUAAAUAUGGCUUAGUCUAUACUUUGAGUUCUGUUCUCCGUAGUGGUACUCCUGUGGCAAAUUAUUGAAAGAUAAACUGUAAAGAUUCCAGUCAUGCGCUGCUAGAGUUCUCACAGGUGCCAGUUAUGAUAUUCACUCUGCAGACUAAAUUGACUUUCUUUCUUGGGAAACACUUUGAUGAUAGACGGCACUAUGCAAAGUCAAAUAUUGAAUGACCACACCACCCCCGGCCUAAGGAACUCUUUUGUUAGAAGGAAUGUAGAUCAGUUUAAUAACCAUCUAUGUAACAGUACAGGGUUAUAGUGAUCAGACACUUCCUAAACGUAAAAGAGAGUUUUUCCAAAGAAGUUUUAAAUUUAAAGGUGCUAUGCUUUGAAACCAACUCUUGAAUGAAUAAGACUCACCGAGUCAAUCCUUUCAUUUAAAAAGCUUGUUAGAAUAUAGCUGGGUCUUGCCAAGCUGUGUAUCUUUAUAGUAGUGAUUUUAAUUCCUUGCUUUCUAUUCUUCUGUAGGUAAAUUCUUCAACUUCUAAGGUGGAAAGCCAAAGGGUUAUGGACCUAAGACAGUUCUGCAAAUUGUAUCGGGAUAUCACAAAGCAACUGAGGCACACACACAGUCAUGAAGAUGAAGACUGGGAGAGAGUGGAUUGUAUUGGAGAGGUACUAAAAGCUGUAGGUUAUUAAGCAUACUCAACACAUGUGACAGGGAUGAUCAAAUGGGGGCAAAAAUCACAACCCAAAAAAAUCCCAUGCUGAAUUUCCGAGCUAUCACAAUUUUCAGAGGAACUACGCGGCCGGGAUGUGCGGAAACUAUCACAAAUCUUUAGAUUUGUUUUGAAUACCCAAAAGUCUCUACUUAAAUCAAGCUACCCAAAAAAUACUUGCCAAAAUUUUCUUACCCAAAAAAAUCCUGAAAUCAAAAAUUUAAAACCCCAAAAAAUCCCUCGAUCAUCCCGGUCACUUGAAAUCCAGAGUACCCCCCUGGGCACCAGUAGACAUUGUAUAUAAUCCUCAAACCUUAGAUGAGCCUGUCUGCAUUAUUUGCUUUUUUAAUUAUCGCAAAAUGUGCUGCUUCAAUUCUCUGCUCAUUGCUUGUCAGACACACUUAUUUGUCAUUGGUCUCUGUUCCCUCUCGUUCCAUUCUCUGCUCGACUGUAAUACUUCCAGAGUGUAGAAUCAAAUGUCAGCUGUUGUAUUUAUAUUAUUUAUUUUUGACUAAUUUCAGUCCUGGGAAUCAUGUCCAGUAAGACUAGAGGAAGUCAGAGAAUCUCUUUGUGCAUCAAUGAUAUUUACAAGGUACAUGUAACCCAUAUGUUGUAUAUAGCUAUCGAUGUUAGAGGUCAAAAUUAAAUUCAAGAUAAAAUUUUUUAAACUACCGGUACGUUGAUUCUUGGCCUCAGCUAAUAACUAAUGAUUAUUUUGGAUAUCGCAAAAACCUCAUCCAGUUAUUGUUUUUAAUUACUGUUAAAUACAGUGUUGUGAACAAUGAUUUAGUACAUGUAUUGGGUGUUUUUUCUUCACUUACAGUGUUAAGAGUCAUUGCUAGCAGUACAUGAUCCUAUAUUGCUACUACUUGGUUCUUUUUUACUAAUACACUGCACAGGGCCAGAAAAAAAUUGAAUUUCAAAGUGUCCUUUGGACAAACAGUGGUCACAUUUUGCUAGCUGGGACCAUAAUUUGCUCGCUUUAGUAUGAGUUAGUGAAAUAUUAACAAGGUGACUAAUGCUUGCACCUUUGCUAACUGGGUAACUGAUCGAGCUCUAUAAAAGUUACUCUGGAAUGCCCACGAAGAAAAUCUACUUGUCCUGAAAGACCAGACAGGAUUCGUUUAGCCUUGUAAUAGAGUUAAGUGUAGUUGCAAGCAGUAAAUGUGGAUUGUUCCAAUAACCAUACUGCAUCAAUUAGCACUUGUUUCCUUGUUCUGCCUGUGACUUUUCAUUCGACGAUUCCCGCAAGCAGCGUAGCUUCAGUUUUAGAUGUCACUUUUUUUUCCAAUACUACUUUAUUGAACAUACACACAUACAGUUGACAUUCACAAAAGACAAUCUGCUACAAAACAAAAACUACAACUUGAAGCUGACAAAAAAGAAACCUAACACAAUAAAAAUAUUAGAGGUACCGGUAACUAAAAUUAAAUGGGAGCACAAUCAGUUAAGUAAACAGAAUUUCAUACCGUAUUUAAAAGAGACGAAAAAAGCAGACCAUUUUGUUCUGAACUCUUUUUUGCGACCAGUUGUACAAGAAAUAUAUUUUUCUGGACUAAGUUUAUAUCACGAGCUAGGGAAACAAAUAAUUCAUAAAAGAUGUAAAAUUUACUGUCAAGAACUUUUACGUAAAGAAAAUACUUUCCUAUAAUGACUAAAUGAUUGAGGGCUAAACAGAAUUUAGAAUCGUUAUUAAUAAUGCCAAACAUAAUUUCUUUUAUUGAAAGCGAUAAUUUGGAGUUCACCAUGCGUGAGGCCCAAUCCAGAAACUCCUUCCAGAACAAAGUGGCUUGCGCGCACUCAGUGAAAAGAUGUACGAUGGCAGCUAUAUAUUUCAGAAUCCCCAUUUUGGGUUUAAAAAGGGAAAUAAUUGGCAUUUCAAAGGGAUUUCUUUGGGAAAACCCAAAAUUGGGAAAGUGCUACCAAAACCAAGCAUGGGUUUUUAAAAUUCCACUUUAUUCGCAAUAAUGAGAUUUUUCAGUCCCAAGUUUUACCCAAGAAUGGGUUAUUUUUGGGCCAGUUUUUUCCCAGUAUUUUUGAUUGAAACUUCCCAUUCUAUUCCCAAUAAUGGGAUUUCUAGGUCCCAAGUUUUACCCAAUUAUGGGUUAUUUUUGAGCCUGUUUUUUCCCAAUAUUGGGAUUUAAAUUUCCCAUCCAAAUCCCAACAAGUGUAGAAUAGACCAACAGCUUUUGUCCAAUUCAACUAUGAUAAUGCAUUUUCUUUUCAAACAGUUUUAAUACACUUAACUGAUAUUUUUGGUUUAAAGGGCAACUCUCGGGAAAAUUACCCCUGUUUUUUAAGUUCUCUAUGGUUUCCUAAUGGCAUGUAAUGUCUCUCUUUGGUGAAAUUUCGGAUAUAUCUGCGAAACUUAUUUUUUAAUAAUUUUUCGAAAACUCGAUUUUCUCGAUUUUUCAUUCGGAUUUCAGGUUAGUCACGUGAUUUUACGUCACACGUGUGGAACACGGAUUGCCAAGUGAAGAUUACAAGAGAAAAACGCACCAAAUUUCUCUUGCAAAUAAAGGAGAAAUAGAGCCUCUACUAUCAUAAUAACGUUCAGGAAAAGCAUUUCGAUGAUGGUUCCAAUGUUUAAAUUUACACGGGCAUCAGAUGCAGGUGAUUUAGAUUUUUUUCUGUAUUUUUUUUGUUAGUGUAUUUUUGAAGUCGCGUGAGACAUUUAUCGACCGAGGUCAAUAAUUGAAAACAGCUAAGCUCCUCAUCUGCUACGUAUAAUACAAAGAACAUCUUUCCUAUAGCAGAUUCAAAAUUCUGAUACAACCAUUAAUGUUACAUGAUGGGUGUUGAUGCCCUUCAUUCCUCGAAAACGACUUAAUUUUUUCCCGGAAAUACUCGCAUCUUUGAAGAGAACUCCGUCACAGACCGCCCGUGCCGCCUGAUUCUAUACUGUACCGCCUUUUGUGUUCUCACUUAAGUGUGUUGUUCUCUUGCGUGAAAUCUGCAGGUUCCAUCCAUUUACUUUUGCUUCUAAACACGCGAAAUAAAACUCACUUCUCGCCGAAAAUUGCGAUUUUAUGAUCAUCAUUUUGAAUGCAGUUAUUCGAGAUGUGCUCUCGAGAUUGUAGCGUCAUUCCAUUGCAAAACCUGCACACACGCUAAAAUUACAUGUAAUGGGCCUUUUAAGGAUGGAAAGAAAUAAAAACAGUUCAAAAAAAGUUGAUUAACAUAGGAUUGCUUCAUUAUCUUUAGUGGUACUUUGUACCCGUCCUACCCCGCGAACACUAUAAAGCUGCCUUGAUAGCCACGCGCGUCACGCUUCUUUUGCAAUACUUUCCUUUGGGACUUCUCACAAGAAAGGAAAAAAGAAAUUAUUAACCCGUUUUAAAUCCCCGACGCAGUACUUUUGGAAAAUUCCAAGGAGAAAAAUGCGAUCCAUAACGGUAGUGAAAACGGAGAAAGAACUAGGCAAGCUUCCUGCAGUAUGAACCUUUUUAUUGAAGGUUAUGGCUCAAGCACUAGAACUGAAGGUCUUUGCUGGCUAUUAAGAAAAUUCAAGGGCUUUAAAAACUACAUGUUGAACCCGCAACUGAAUACCCCUACACUACUUGCUGCAUCCAAAGAGAGGCCCAACAGAGAUGAGGCAAUGGGUUCUUUCAGGGCGGAUCCAGGAUUUUUUUUUUAGAGGGGUGCACUGUCUCUUGCUCUACUUCAACACCAAUAAACCACAUGGUAUUUUUUUUUUGGCAGAAUACCAGUUGUAUUAGAAAACCGCAGGUCAGCUCAGGAGGGGGGCGCACCCCCCUGCACUCUCCCCCAGAUGUGCCCCUGUCUUUCGUUAACAGAUAAAAUCUUUUCAGCCUUGUCAACUAAAGAAGGACUACAAUGCCCUGCAAUGUCUUGAUUCUUUGUAGUCUAGGCUAAGCUAGGUCACUACUGCAAUAACUUACAUGACCAUGCACUGUAUGGUCCACUUAAACUGUGACCGGUUUUCUUUAAUAUUAUUGCCUUAUCAAUUAAAAUAUGCAAGAUGGAAACAAUCCAUUUGUGAAUUCUAAUUUAAAAAUGAGGAUUUCCCAUUAUAACCUAAAGAUAUACAGCAAUGAACAAUAAAAUACCAUUUUAUUAUUAAGAUAUAAAGUUUCAACUUGUACAUUAUUUCCCAGUUAACAAUCACACCUGCUGGAAAAAAAGGGUGACAUGUUAUUAGUCAAACACUAUUCCGCCAUUAUUAUUCAGAAGCUGUGAGCAAGUAGUCGAGAAGAAUUAUGUAUUUCCCACACACUGACACCAUUGGACUUUAAAAGACCAUGUAGUCUUAUAGAUUUUUUAGUUCCAACAGUUAUUUUUGACACUGUUUGCUGGGUAGCAAUCAUUUUAAUGGCAACAAAGUUGCUCUAGCCCAGUCUUCCAGUGGUGAGUGAGAAAAUUGCAUCAUAUUUUAUAUACAGUAGGGUUAUUUGCAAUACAUGGUAUAUUAUUUCUGGGCCCAGUUGUUCGAAGGCCGGUUAGCGCUUAACACUGAGUUAAAUUUAACCCUGGUUUCUUUUUCUUGUAUUCAAAAGCAUUUUCUCGGAUAAUUUUCUCUCUUAUUUUUAGAGCUUCCAAUCAUCAACUUGUGGACAAAAAGAAUUGAAACUGAAUUGCUUUUUAAGCUUUCAAAUCUUAAUUCAAAUCUCGCACUAACCCUGGGUUAUCUUAACCCAGCUUUGAACAACUCGGCCCUGCACAAUGGAAUCCUGUGAACUCCAUCUCAUCCUCCAACCUUUCAGGCUCCUGGAAAUGAGGUCGUAUGCACUUAACUGCACAGGAAUCAAGGACGCUAAUGUAACUCCUAUGUCCCUGCCAAGGGAGCCCCAGUAUCACCUUACCAAUUGCCUGUAGGCAAUGUGCCUGCUUUUUUUAUGAUCUGAUUCUUCAUAUGCCGAGGCACCAUGCUGCUGCUUGUAUUGCCAUGCAGCUCGUAACACCCAGUAAUUCAGACAAACUGCCUGGAAUCCUGGGUGUUCCACUAUGCUCCUCUAGGUGGCUCCUCCAUAUUUUAAACUUCAACUGCCUCCAAAUAUUUACGUUUUACAACAGCCACCUCUUGGAAGCAGAUAUUUUCCCCCCAUCCAAUAGUACCACGGUAGUUAUUUUCUUUAGUCAUAAAUAUUGAACGUCGGUUAAUGGAGGGCAACAGAACAAGUGUUGAAUAUUGACCUUUUCAUUCUGCACCCAGAAAAUUAUAAAACUGCUAUAAGUCAAGACAGAGAAUAUUAUUUCAAUUUUGAGCUUAUUCACGCUUUAACGUUUAUGGCUUCAUCAUACUAUCUCCUGCCCAUAACCACAAAAUAGUUUCAAAUAUAUACACGUUUUCAAUACUGGGUGUAUUAUAAUACAAGUUCCUGCAGUUAUAUCUCAUCAAAUGCAAUAUUAUUGUAGUUAACAUAACCAUUGUUGUGCUCCAGACAAAAACUUAAGUGAAUAUGACAUGUCCCAACCUCGAAAAUCAUAUACUGGGGAGCAGAAACGUUUUAUGCAAGCAGUUAGUUCACAUGGGUAUGGAGGUGUAUCUCAUCCCAACUUUAAAUUGUCUCAAUAAUAACAUCAGGAUACACAGAAGCUAGAAUAAUAACUUCUGAACCAAAUUCAUUGACAGAGCAAGACACAGUAAAAGUAAGUGAACGACUUGUAGGAAAACAACUGUACAGCGCCUUUUAGUUAUUAUGUAUAACAAUCUGUAUAACAACAAAAGAGACAAAUUUUAAAGUGCAAGCACUCCACGAGUCGAGCAUGAGCGGCUGUCAAGGGGCAAAGAUAUGGAAAUUUAUUUGCGUUGCAGUCAACGAAUUACGAGAGCGUAGUUAUUGCUUCCGAUAUGAAUCACUGCUUUUUGUAAAACCAGGAUUAAAGCAGAAAUUUAAAAAAAAACUACACUGAGACAACUUGCCCAGAUUAUCAUUUCCAGUAGUCGUUAGAUGGGGAAGGUACGCUUUCGACUACUUGUACAUAUGAAAACAAUGAUCUAAAAUUAUAAACGCUCAGUAUACAAAAAAAAAAUGCGGGUUUAAUUAGUCCUUUUCCUUUUACAAUUUGAAGCAUUCAUAGCAUUGAUGAAAUCAAGCGAUUUACGGAUCGCACUGUACACAAGAAUUGUUCAAAACCAUCUAGGCACUCACCAUUCUUCACUAUCGAGAUCGCAGCGGGCGAGUGGUAGGCUCGAUGUUUUCUGGCGACGCACGAACUUCAUCAGCUUCGGACGAUCUUCCAGGCGGCUCAAAACGCCGGGGUUGAAUUUCCGUGAAGGGCUGCCCUAUACUUCGCAUUCUAAAAGUUUUUCUAGAACCGAAUAAUCGGACAAAGAGGUAGCGCUAUCACUUGAAGAACUACAGUCAGCCAUAUUCGAGAUCAUCUGUUGUUCCACACCUGUGACGUCACGUCACGUGAUAGGCAAAAUCGAAGCGUUAAUGGCGGAAGUUCGAGUAAGCGGCAAAUUUAGCACUUUGAAUCUCGAUUUCUCAGCCAAAUAGGUCGCUGAAGAUAUAUUUCUUGAUGGUAUUACUAUGAGAAAAACAUUUGCAAGGUUUUUCUGAAAAAUGUUGUCCUACGCGAGAGUUGCCCUUUAAAUAAAAACAUAGCGCAUAUUUUGUACAAAUAAACUACCGGUAUUUGAAUUUAUUUUUAUAAGUAAGUAUACAUAUCUUAGAAUAUCCUCAAAUUAUUCUUUUCGUUCAUCUUUAUCCGUUUUCUUUGGCUCUAAGUCUGAAUUUUGUGAGGACAAAGCAAGAAACAAAGCCAUUUUCUGAACAGCAGUUUGAAUCGAGCGGGCCGCUCUUGUGCGCAUGCGGGGAAAGAGAACUGGGGCAUUUUCGUCCCCAAGGCCACUCCGCUUUCUUUCUUUCUUAAAGAUGGCGGCGAUGGCGACAGGAAUAGAAAAUUAUCUCUACAGUUUUUUUUACCUAAUCCAAUUUUUCAUCCGAACUUUUCCCACCGUAGGAAAGCUAUGUCCCAUUCCUUCCUAGAUUUGGGAAAAUCUAAAAACAUUUAACAACUCUGUUCCCAAUGUUUUCACAUUUUUGGAAAAACAUUUCCCAAAUCCCAAAAAAAUUGGGACAAGUGGAGUGAACUCUUCACAUUUCCCAAUAUUUUCCCCAAAUAGUAAUUUCUAUUUUCUCCGCGACAAAAUUUUCCCAAUUUUUUGUCCAAUAUUUUGGCAAAGAAGGAAAUUUAUGUCCCAAUUUUUCCCCAGAAUUGGGUAAAUUCCCAUAAUAUUCCCAAAAUGGAGUUUUGAAAAUAUAAUUAUUAUAUUGUCCCAAAAAAUCCCUUUUCUGUGAUCUUGAAAGUGGUUCAACUUCCCAAAAUUUUCCCAAUUUUGGUAAUUUCAUUCCCAAUUUUUCCCCAAUAUUAUCCCUAAAUUGGGAAAAUUUACAGGAAUUUCCCAAUUUGGGAAUCUGAAAUUUUUCCUGUGUAUAUAGGGUCUGCUGGACAAAAAGGGCAGCGUGGGGAGUCUUCUUUCUUCAUUUCAAAUAAUAAGCUCUUAACUCACCGAAUAUUGUGAAUAAUUUUGUACUGGAACAUCAUGGAUAAUGGGAACAUUGAUAGGUUUACUUCUUUUGUUACUUCAAAAGGCAAUAGAUAUAAUUUUCUCAAAUCAUCCUUCUAGCUGGUAGCCAAAAUUUAAGAGUCUUUUCUCACAAGUCGGCGGAGGCUUUGAUUGAAGGGAGAGCAGCUUAGUAUAAAUUUUUUUGCAAGUCAUUUCCUCUAUUAAUAUUAAUUUUGCAGUGUUGAGCUUUGUUCGAGGGAGCAAUUAAGGAGUUUUUUCCAACUUCGAGGGCUGGCGUUAUAACAAGCCUAAUGUACUGUAAGAAAUUACAUCUUACGUUAAAUUUAUUACGAAAAGAGUCAAAUGACCAAUAAUUAAGCAGUUUUGCUGUGUAUCAAAGAGGUCCUUAAUUUUGAGAAUUCCUGCAUAAUGCCAAUGCUGCAAGUACAUAGAUUUCUUAUCAGGCUUAAUAAACUUAUUAUUCCAAACUAUCUGUUCAAGAAUAUCAUUUUUGCUUUUUGGGUUGGAAGCUAUUAAGUCUUGCCAAAAUGCGAUUAUUUCGUGAUAAAAAGCUGGAAGGCAUUUGCUUAGAUUAAGGUGACCGAUGUCUUAGUUACAUUUGAAAAGCUCUGGGCCCCCAACAUUCGCUAGAAGGGACUUUGGGAUGUACUGCCAUGGAGCGUCUGAGUUUGAGCAAAGUCGCUUAACCCAAUUUAGCUUUAAAACCUUGUUAAAUAACGAAAAGUCUUUCAUCUCUAAGCUUCCCUCUUGCCUUGUUUUGAUGAGCGUAGUGUAUUAUUUUUAUCGUGGAAGGUUUGUGGCCCCAAAUAAAAUCUAAUACUAUUUUGUUUACUUCAUCAACAAAAAGUUUUGGAGUUUCCAUUACACUGCAGAUAAAUACCAGUUUGGAGAGCGCGAGGGAUUUCACUAGAUUUAUUUUGCCAUAAACAGAAAUGUCCCUUUGAGACCAUAUGUUUAACAGUUUUUUUAAGGAAAUUAACUUAUUCCAGAAGUUCCUCUGUAGAACUGUGUUACGUUCGUACGCAAAGUGAACACCAAGCGCGUAGUAUAGGCAGGUUCCUCACUAAUUUGUAAAUUCUUUAAAAUUUUAUUUCUAUAGCGCCAUGAACCAAGCCAUAACAGUUCCGAUUUUUGACUCACUUUUUCUGUCACCAACUGCAAAACAGUCCAUAUUUUUGCGUAUUCAAGUAAGUGCGAGCAGUAAAACAAAAGGUCUGGAAGGAGGCUGAAAACAGUAAGACUCUUACACCACGCUUUACCGAUUUCUUUACUGAUUUUGUGAAAAAACCGACUGUUUUGCAGUUUACUUUUUCUGCCAAGUCCCAAGGGUUUUCAUUUAAGGGAGCUUUCACUGACAAACAUCUUCACAAGAACAGUGAAAAGCAAUGAAAUGUUUACAUACAAAAGGAAAUGUUUACUCCAUAUUACAGCAUGUUAAACUUGUAUGAUUUUUUCAUUUCCUUUGCACUUUUGUUUUUUGGAAGUCGCAUUGUACUAUCACUUCUGUUGGAUUCAUUUCAUGACAAGCUCAGGCACAUACUCCCACUUGUUCUAUGGGUUUUCUCCAAGCCCUGUGCUAAUGCAUUAUCUUGUGCAGACUAUCCUUUGGUACUUAGCGUGGUUGCCAGAUUCCUACUGAUCAACAUGUGCCUUCACCAUAUGUGACCUUCAGAUAUUGUUCCAUUUGGUGGGAUUAAAAUAAUUUUUUCCCACUGUUUUAGGGUUGAUGAAGUAGCAGCAGAAAAACCCGACACUGAUGAGUGUUGUAUAUGUAUGGAUCAAAAGGCUGAAGUCAUUUUGGCAUGUGUUCACAGCUUCUGUAAAACUUGUAUUGACAGAUGGUAAGUCAUCAAUUUUAACUCCUACGUAAAGAAAACAUUGUCAGUGAUAUCAUUGACAUUUCUCUGAUUGUGAUUUAUGUACUUAAAGCAAAUUUAGAAUAAUAUAUUAUUAUUGUUAUUAAUAUUAUUAUUAUAAUUAUUAUUAUAAUUAUUGACCUACUGUAUAUUGUGAACUCAGUAUCAACCUACAGUACAAUAUCUAGUUUUAGUGGAGUAGAAUGCCUAGUUGGUAUUGUGGGAAGUCGAAUGACACCACACACUUAAUGACUGGGCACAAAGGAAAAAGUGAGUUUUGUUUCCUUGAGAUUGUCAAUAUUCAUGGAGGUAAGGCAAGGAGAAUAUUAAGGGUUUAAUGAGAGAAAAAUUUCUCUGUGCUUCCCCAAGGGCCACCAAUGAAGUGUUCUGUCAUACCUCCGAAUUUAAAAAUGGAACAACUUGUAAUUUGAUUUUUUUGCUGUGAAUGUGAAAAGUGUUAUUUUCUGCUUGACUUACCGGUAGGAGUCAUGUAUAUUUACCCCCUGUUUCAAGGCAGACUCCAGGUCUCGCACAAGUCUACAUGUACAGUUCUGUAGACAGUUAGAUUGUUUUGACUCAAGCCAUGUGACACAUUCUUGAGUCCAACAUUCUCGAGCUGAGAGGUAUAACAAAGACAUUUUCUUCAUCCCUUGUCAAUGACUAUAAUAAAUUUAUUGUUACAUCUUUGGUAAAGAUUGGUAAAGAAAAUGAUAACAACAGUAUCAGUGAGUCCAACUGAUCAAUUAUUAAAAAUAAACCAGUAAAAAUACAUGCCUAUAAAAUUAAUCUAGGGCUUUGUUCUGGAAAUAGAUGUGAAGUACAGUCUGUGUGCACUGGGGCUGGAUAGCUAUUAAAUAUAUUUAUCAUAAUUUGCUUAACCUGCUCAUUUUACUUAUAAAAAGAAACUUUUUGCAGUCCUGCCCCACCCGUACCUUCACUUCCUUAUUUAAUUGUCCUCUGACUAAAAAAAUUGAGAGUACAACUGUACUUUCAAUAUAUGGUGAUUUCUCUUUACAGGAGUGAUGUUAGUAACACUUGUCCCAUUUGCCGAGAUGAAAUUCAUGGAAAUGAAGACUUUUGGGAAGUGCCAGAAACUCCCAGCAGGACAGAGAUAGGAAACUUUGUUCUGGGAAUGGCUGAAGGGGCUGGUGCUCCAACUUGAUAAUGGGUCUUGUGCUUGUUCUGCAUGCGGGCAUUACCUUGCCUUAAAGGAGCUAUGUCGCAGCAGUUUAGUCCAUUUUGUUUCAUUUGUCAAUUGCAGGGGAAGAAACCUCAUCUUCAAUAGAGAGGAGAAGUGUGAUGUCACAUUCCCGUGCAACUCUCCAAGUUAAAGUUUUUGCUUGGUUGCCACUUGGCAACCAACUCUUUUGGUUUAGGGAGACUUUUUUAAAAAUCAAGUCACCAGCUCCAAAAUUUCAGGUGCCAUGGCGACCAAAAUGGUCCCAACUUGGAGGGUUGCCAUGGUAGCAAAUUUUCUGGAUCUCAACAAUCUUUCUUGACAAAGAUGGCUGUAAAAGUGCAUUUGAAAAAUGGAAGAAAAGUACAGGCUACCAUUUUGUUCCUGUUAGCAAUCAUGCACAGGAAAGUCAUACAUGUCCAUUUUUAGGGCUUUUUUCUCCCAUUAUUGGCAGGACCACAGUUUGUUGAGAUCCAGAAAUUUGCUACCAUGGUGAAGUGACAUGACGAUAUCCCUUCUGUUUAUAACAAACAAAUAUGUUCCCCAGGCAUUGUGAUUCAAAGUUACAAACAAUGAAGAUAAUAAUGGUUAAACUCUUGGACUGACAAGCUUUCAAUAAUUUUGAAUGUUAUCAAUCCAUGCCUUCUUUAGUAUAAUUAAUUUUGCUGUGUUAGGCCCUACUUGUUUAUAUAUGGAGAAAAGUGGUCGCAGGAAAGAGGGUCACCGUCCCAGCCGAGUCGUCUUUAGCAAACAUUUAUGUGGGAAAAAGUUGACCCCUUUUCCCAAGAUAAGAGCUGACAACAGUGCUUGCGCAUGUUCUUAUUGCCUCAUCUUAACCAAGUUUUCCCUGCUGAACAAGUCAAAGUGGCUCAGAGGGUGACCCUACCAUUGAUAAAAGGGAACACAGCUACAUGUAGGUGGGUCAUACUUGUACCUAAGCCAAAUUUUGUAUGGAAAUGAAAAGUUGGCCCAUCCAGGGUAACUGGGGUGAGCGAGCGACCCUUCUAGCCGCGACAAUUUCUCCAUAUACAUGGGGCCUUAGUUAAAUCUUCCUUGACUCUUCGAUGUGGUCAUUUCAAAUUUCACUCAAUUUGGUCCCCAGUUACUAAUGGCUGAAUUGUUAAAUUUUGGUUAAAUUAUGUGACAUAGCUCCUUUUAAUGUACAUCAAUGGACAAAAAUCUUUGUGCUUGUUUCUUUUGACAAGGAAUAAGAGCCUGGUUGAUCUUUUAUAAUCAGAUGUACUGUAGGUUCAUGCAUAUGCAUAUUUCAAAAUUAAUUUGGUCGUUGAGAAAUUUUUAAAUGAGAAUUUAUAUUUCCCUUGGUAACUAAUGGAAGUGUAAAUUAAGGUAUUUUAUUUAAAUUGUCUGGAGUUGGGAUCUACUAUGAGUUCAUAAAUUAUUCUAUAAGUAAAGCUACUAUCAGUAGAUCUAUUCUGUGUACAGCAGCUCCCCCCUUGAAGGGAGAUGUAUGCAAUAUAUUGUGAAUGUCUUGGGGUGUGGUGAUGGUAUUGCUUUUUAUUGCAAUCUGAGGCUUAGAAAUGCACUAACACACUGACCAAUGCAGGUAUAAGUCCCAUAUAUGGUACAUAAGAUUGGAUAAUAGCACAUUUGCCUAAUAUCUACAUAAGAACGAAUUUACCAGUUGAUGUAUAUGCACGGCUAUCGGCAGAGUGCUCAAUAGAAGGACUAGAGAGUAGUAUAAUCAAGGUUGUCUGGUGUCAACGUGGCAUUUUUAUUACUAUUUAGUUUCGUACCGCCCGGCAUGUACGGCACUCCUCAGAUAAAAUUGCCAACAAAAAGUUCGUUACAAACAUACGCUAGGACUACAAACGCGCGCGCAGAAUUUGAAUAAAAACUAUUGCAUGCCAACGGAAGAUGUAAAGCUGCUAAGAAGGAAUUUACUCGCGUGCCUGCAGGAAGUUACAAGUUCAUUUCGUUUGUUCAAGCUCGCCAGAUCGGCCCUGCAAAUAAUGAAAAUAUGUAAGAGUCUGCUGCUGAUGUCUCAGUCAAAUAAAGAUUUCACCAUGGCCUCCUCCUGGCAAACUUGGGGCAUUUGACAUUUGCUUGUUGAUGAAAACCGACCCACCCCCGACCCCACCCCCACUUUGUUGUGGGCAGGGAUUUUGAUAGCUUUACUGCAAAGUUUUUGGCACCAUUUCCUGAAUUUUAUGUUAGAUGUAAUACCUUGUUAGUUGAAGUUAAUGGUCCCUUUGUAACGUCAUACUAGAGAAGAAGGGUCUGCAAAUGCUGUGUGCUGAAGGUAAAAAUACUUUUUUGCUUCCGAACUUUAUUACAAUGUUGUCCCUUUUUUGUGUGAUGUAAUAUCCAAGAGUAGCGGAAUUUGAUCCUCAUUUCUUACCACAGGGUGUGACUUUUGAACACCAUUUUGGUCUCUUAAUAAUGUCAAUAGUGCAAAUGUCCGUAGGGGGAAGGGUAUACAAAAGGGCAUGUUAAAGUUUCCAAUAACUGUACGUGAACAGAGACUAUAAUGCCACAGGAGGCCAAAAUGAUUUUCUGUGUCCACUCAUAUUUCAAUAAAAAAGUAAUGUUUAUACCAAAAUCAUCACCACAACAAACGUGUCAAUUGACUAGCCUGAAUUUCCGACAUCACUUCAAGUCGCUCACUCCCUCAGCGCAGUGACUUAAGGAGUAAGUGACUCGGAGUGAUGUCAGAAAUUCAAGAUAGUCAAUUUAUAAUAUUAUACCAAAACUAUUAGAACUAUUAGAACUAUUAGCUUAAACAAUUCAAAAGAUAUCAGAUUGGGAAUGAGUUCUCAGUUCUUACUUUUCGAAAAUGAGGUACAAAAUGUCCUGUAUUUAUUCUUAGGUAGUAGCGGUCAUACCGGUCCAGUCAUAAAGCCAGAUCAGUCUAUUCCUAAAUACUAUUGGUGUUUGUAGGCAUAGUAAAUAAUAUGCAUUAUUGACCAAGAUGGCUGUAUAUUGGCCAAGUUCUUUUUGCGUUUCCUGAGAC